GGAUGGCUCCUCUCCAGACCAGAGUGAGGAGAAGCCUAAAAAAAGAGCUUUCUAUCUGGUGAGGAUGAAGCCACUGAAAGAGCCUAUUACGAACAACAACAACGUGUCUUUUGUGAUACACUGUCACAUAGGCAAGGAGAUCAAGCACAUAUGCAGCAACUGCAGUCGCGGAGAGGAAGCCCGUGACGCUGAAGAAGUGGAGAGACUGGCAGCCAUGCGCUCGGACUCGCUUGUUCCAGGGACACACACCCCUCCGAUUAGGAGACGGAGCAAAUUUGCCACUCUAGGAAGAAUUUUCAAGCCAUGGAAGUGGCGGAAGAAGAAGAGUGAGAAGUUCAAGCACACCUCAGCAGCACUUGAAAGAAAAAUAUCAAUGAGGCAAAGCAGAGAGGAGCUUAUCAAGAGAGGAGUGUUGAAGGAAAUUUUUGAUAAAGAUGGGGAGCUUUCCAUACAAAAUGAAGAAGGAUCGUUGGAGAAUGGGCAGGCUCUGAGUUCCAGCCAGGCGUCACUCCCAGCCCUAUCUGAAUUGGACCCAUGUUCAGUAUCUGUCGACUCCUGUACAUAUGAAGUACUCCCAACUCCAGAGAUCAUGGAUGGAACAGCGUCUGAAGAGAGCCCCACGUCCAGUGAAUCUGGAGUCCACCUUUCUCAAGAUCCUUCAUCUAAACCAGUCUUGCUACUUCCCCCAAAAAAAUCUGCUGCUUUCUCUGGAGACCAUGAGGACACCCCAGUGAAACAGCUCUCCCUCCUCAAACAGCCCCCUGCCCUGCCUCCUAAACCCAUUGCCAGGAUUGCCAACCACUUAGCUGAUCCUGGUGCGCCUGUGAAACUGCCUUGUAUGCCAGUCAAACUGUCGCCUCCGCUACCUCCAAAGAAAGUCAUGAUUUGCAUGCCUUUAGGGGGACCAGACCUCUCCCUUGCACCCUAUUCCACACAGAAGAGCUGCCAGCAACCAAUGGCUUCGCAUCACCACACGGUCCUACCGUCACAGUUAGCACACCAGCAUCAGUACGGCAGCCACAGCCCACAUUUGCCUUCUGGAUCCAGCACGUUGCCCAUGCAUCCUUCAGGGUGUCGCAUGAUCGAGGAGUUGAACAAGACACUGGCCAUGACCAUGCAGAAGCUAGAAAGCUCUGGUCUGCAUGGGGGAGACAGUGUCACCAAAUGUGGACCAGGAGGCCUUUCAGACAUGAGACAAGUGCCAACGGUUGUGAUCGAAUGCGAUGACAAUAAAGAAAAUGUGCCUCAUGAAUCUGACUAUGAAGAUUCUUCAUGCCUCUAUGCAAGAGAAGAAGAGGAUGACGACGAAGAGGAAGAUGAGGACAGCUCAAUUUUUACAAGUUCCCUCGCCAUGAAAGUCUGCAGGAAAGAUUCUUUAGCCAUCAAACUUAGCAACAGGCCGUCCAAACGAGAACUGGAGGAAAAGAACAUCCUACCCAUGCAGACCGACGAGGAGAGGCUUGAGCUGAGGCAGCAAAUCGGGACAAAGCUGACAAGACGACUGAGCCAGAGGCCAACUGCUGAAGAAUUGGAGCAGAGGAACAUUCUCAAACCGCGGAAUGAGCAAGAAGAGCAGGAAGAAAAACGGGAGAUAAAGAGAAGAUUAACACGCAAGCUAAGUCAAAGGCCUACAGUAGAAGAGCUGCGCGAAAGGAAAAUUCUCAUCCGCUUUAGUGAUUAUGUGGAAGUGGCAGAUGCUCAGGACUACGACAGGCGGGCAGACAAGCCAUGGACACGGCUCACAGCUGCUGACAAGGCGGCAAUUCGUAAAGAGCUCAACGAGUUUAAAAGCACUGAAAUGGAAGUUCACGAAUUAAGCAGGCAUUUAACAAGGUUUCAUAGACCAUAGAAAUUGAGCACUCCACCAUCUUCAAAACAUAUCUGGAAAGAACCAUAAGUGCUGGUACCAUUCACUUCUCUGUUAAUGUACAAUGUAAAUUUCCUGGACUGCCUUUUUAAAACCAAGAGGAGGAGGAGGAGGAAGAAGAAGAAGAAGAAGACAGGGAAACUUGUGUUUUCCUGUAUUGGUAGAACUACAUCAUGAGACAUGUUGGCACAACUUUCAGCAACCGAAGCCACCCAUGGCGAGAAUCGGGCCAGGAGUUGGCACUCAUAUUCGAAACUCUGCUGUGUGGAUUCCCCAUCCCUCAUCCAAGAUCAGCCGUUGAUGCAUCCUGUCUUCCUUCAAGCAUCUCCCAUCUGACUCCAAAGAAAGCUGAAGGCAGUUGGUGUUGGACAUAGAUACCUGCUGGAUAAAAGCUCGGGCGAGGCCUACCAUCCUUCUGGGUCAACACUUUGAGCAAACACUUCUUUCUGUUUGAGAGCACCUUAGAAAGAUGCGGGGGAAGGCCAAGACCCGCUCAGAGGAUCUACCUAUCUUUGACACUUCACAAGAAUCAUCCCUGGAGGAUCUCUUGGCUGGCUGGCUGGCUGUCACUCAUUUGUUUUGUGAGGGAAACACCCAGAAGAUUCCUUGUCACCCAUCUCUUUCAUUCAAGUGGAACCCCCCCCCCCUUUGCUGCAAAAAGUGAUGUUUUGAAAUUGUUGCCGAUUACAGGGAUUUUCAGUAACAUGCUUAUUACCUUUAUGGACAGAACGAGUCAGGAUGCCUUUUGCCCUGCUUGGUAACUUCCUGCUUUCAUUUGCACCUGCAUAAAGAGGCUGGAUGGCAGAGCAGCUCUGCCAGUUAACCGAAUUGAUACAGCACGCCAACUUUACUUAGAUGCUGCAGGUUCCGUAAGGUGUGCAAUGCAGAGAAGAAAGGAGCUCGAGAUCAUUGUAGGGUCAAUUUUGCUCUGUGUGCUUGGAUACGUUUAUUUUUUAAGAGCUGGGAUUUCUGUUGUAUACAACACUACCUGGUGUAAAUGACAAAAUAUGUUGUCAUGAAUGUCCCAGCAUGAUACUGAGAACCAAAGCAUUUGAAUUGGAUUUGUGGAGGGGGGUGGUUUUGUUUGGGUUUUUUUGUUAUUAAGGCAUUGGCUCUUCUCUUAAUAGGAUGACCCUUGCACAUUGGAUAGUGUUCCAGAUCCCUGUCUUUGAAAGCACUUUGGCUAAGCCCACCAAUUUGAUGCCUCCUGGUAAGGAACCCCCAUUCUCUUUCAGCAGCUGAGCCCUGAGCAUGCCUCUCCCAAGCAAAGUUCACUCCUCACACUUUUCCACUGGUGUUAAGAAAAUAACAAUAAUACUGU